AAUACCAUCGUUUAAUUAUUUCAUAUUUAAUACGACAAUGGAUUAUUAUUAUUACUAUUACUAUUAUUACUAUGAUCAUCAUUAUCAGGAUAAAGUUGAAGCUAGAGGCUAGUUAAAACAUUAUGCCACGAAUAAUAUUAAGUUGGAUACUUUUAAUAUGGAUUACAUGUGCUUUUUUGUCUAUUCUAAUCACGAUUUCAAGUUUUCUUAGUCCAUAUUGGUUAAUUCGUAUUGAAACAUCAGAAACACGCCGUUUAACAGCAUGUCCACAAAAUAAUCUCUUUAAUACUGUUAAUAAUAAUAUUGGUACAGAUUUAUUUACUAUAAAUUCCAAUAGAUCAGACAAUGAAUUCAUACAAUUAAUAAUACCACCAUCUAUUGGACCAUGGUUUCGAUGUCAGAGUGUAUGUAAACUUUCAGAUUCUAAUAAUAAUAAUAAUAAUAAUGAUAACAAUAUAUUGAACUGGGAACUUUUUGAUGAUACUUUAUUUAAAUGUCAAUUAUCAGUGUGGGGAUUUGGAGCAAAACCAGCUAUUGCAAAUAAAUUAAUAUGGUUAUCUGGAUUAAUUAGUAUGAUUGGAUGUUUUUUAUUGUGUAUAUCAUUCAUUUUUAUAUUAUUAACUCUAUGUAAACGUGAAAUCUGUGAUCAUAGUGUAUUUAGUUGUACUGGAUCAUUAAUUGGUAGUGCUGAUCUAAUUCUACUAACAUCUAUCAUUAUGUGGCCAGCAGGAUGGGAUUCAGUUACAAUUCGUGAAGUUUGUGGUGGCAGUGUUGGACCUUAUUCAAAAGGGAACUGUUCCAUAGGUUGGGCACCAUUGGCUUCAAUUUGUGGAAUAAUUCUUCUGUUAAUCAGUGCUAUAUUAUCUAUAGCAGUUGACAAAUCAAUCACUACACAGACAGCAACUAGACAGAUACUAAUGAACGAGAAAUCUUGUGUUUUUCUACAUUAG